ACAAAUUCCAAAACACGACUGGAAAUGGCUCUCAUGCGGAUGCGCAUUACAAGUCUUCCUGUCUGUGCAAAUCUGCAUUACAACUCUGGUGUGGGUACGUUUUUACUCAGGAUAGCCACCGGCGGUUUCAACGACGGAGGACCACCGGACGCCAAACGGGCGAAGACGGAGUGAGUUCCAACAAAGAAGUACUUUGUUUAUUUCGGAGACGGUCGAGAAGGACACUAGCGAAACAAACCACGCGGCCGGGAAAGGAGUAGCGAAUAGAAAUUUGAUUCGCUGGUCGUGGUGUUAGUUUCGUCGUCUUCUCCGUUUUUAUGAUGUUCUCCUCUAUGGCUCAUUUGAUGUUACGUGGAGUCUAACCAUUUGACUUCUACACGACCGGAAGUAGACUCUGUUCAUAGUCGAUGUACGACCUCCCAUGACUCGAAAUGGAUUUGGAACGGAAAAAACACGACCAUAAUGUUUACGAAUGUAGUACAGCACACUUGUUCUACCUUGU